AUGAAGAAGCUCUUCAAGUUGGCAUCCAAGUUCCACGGUGUGGGACCUGUGGUCUUUGCGUGGCAUCCGAACGGGACAUUCCUUGCAACUGCGGGUAAAAAUGGUUUAGUCCACAUCUUUGACCGACAGGGUGAGCAGCACGACGAGAUCGGACUGGAUUUGACAGCUCCAGUUGUUGCUCUCGAAUGGGACACUGAAGGCAGUACACUCGCCAUUCUACAACAAGGGAGUAGUGUCGUCCCCCUAUGGGAUAACGGCACACGAUCAACGUUGAGUCUUGACACGAAUCUCAAGGACCCGACGUUUGCUCGGUGGUCCAAAGAGGGUUCGUUACUAGCAGUGGGGACUCAGAAGGGGAACCUCGUUCUCUACAGUAAAAUCACUCGGAAGCUCGUUCCUGUGGUGGGGAAACACUCGCGUCGCAUAUUAUGCGGAUCUUGGAACGGAGACGACAAACUGGUGCUGGGAGGAGAAGACCGGAUGCUCACAGUGAGCAACCCUCAGGGUGACACCAUUGAACAACGUGAACUGAGUCACACGCCAUGGGAUAUCAAGCUUGGUCGCAAGAGAGGAGACUCCAUAAAAGCAGCCGAGCAGUUGAUUGCAAUUGCACUGUCCAAGGCCAUCAUUCUCUUUAACUUGCAAGACCCUGCCAACCCCGUGGAACUCACCUUCCAAACACAUUACGGCAGUAUCAUUUUCAUUGAAUGGUUCGCGGACGGCAUGAUCAUGAUUGCCUUUUCUGAAGGAUAUCUCAUUGUCAUUUCCACCAAGACCGAUGAAGUUGGAGAGGAACUCCAGUCACAUCGAUUCUUCUCAGAGCGGAUCUUCACGGCCUGUUACUCGUCGACGCUCGACCGCGUGGCGCUUAGUGGCGAGAGCGGUAUCAAAGUUGUGGACAUGACGACGUUCACUGAGGUCGCUGCAGACUCCAUCAAACUCUCCGAUACAGAGGAGAACGAGGCACACCUGAUGAAUUUCACGUCGGAUGGUCAAAUCUUGACUGUGGCGACACAAGGAGGCACAGUACUAAACUUCCUAGCUCGAAUGCCCCGAAUUCACGAUCACUACGGCCACUAUGUCGCCUACCUCAGCUCGUUACGUGAACUUAGUGUAGUCGACACCCGUCGCAACGAGACGGGUAGCAGCAGCAACGGAGCGAUUCGAAUCGCCUUAUCGGUGGAGCCAUCGUUCGUUGCAAUUGGACCUCGCCACGUAGCUGUGGGCAUGAACAACCGUGUCUGGUUCUAUCGUUGCGAUGGAUCUUCAGCCGACGCGCUGGUUAACGAGCAGCAGUAUCUCGGUCGAGUCACCAGUAUGAAGCUUAAUCGCGACUACGCAGUUGUGCUGUGCGAUGGUAAAGCGAGCUUACACCUGAUUGAACCAGGAGGCGGAAGUCCCAGCGGCUCUCACUCGCUCACAAACGGCGGUGAAUUGCAAGGCGAACAUGGCAAAGUUUUCUCCGGUGGCGGUCGCGAUGAACGCAACAGUGAGAUCAGCGCUGUAGCUCUCACGAAGGACUUCUUCAUCUACUCAACGACGAACGGUACAGGCUCCAUCCAGUUUUUCUACCUCAAAGCGUGGCAAUUCCUCGAUGGCUGCGCGUAUCGUCACGAAGACGGAGUGGGGGUCGUACAGCUCGCACCAAAUAAAUCUGGCACUCGGGUUUUCUUUCUGGACACGAAGCGCCGUGGGUUUAUACUGAAUGCCGCAACACGCGAGACCAUGAGCGUCCCAAAUCUACCCACCAGCACCUCUGGAGUGCUCUGGGAUAUGGUGGAUCAGCAGGUUUUCUUAGCACUUCAACCGAAGGAAAUGGGAGUCUUCCAGCUAGCAGAUUCUACCAUUCGCGGCCCCGAAGUCACACAACUUGGUGUCUUGGAAAUUCUACCAGACGGCGACGUGCUCAUCGCCCCACAAACCACUUCAGUUCCAGCAGACUUGGAGCCGAUCCUUGUUAGUGACGGGAUUGUAACCUGUCAGCAUGCAUCAGGAGGGGGUCGACUGGCUUCGGUAACUUGUGUGACCCACGACCAGCUACGUAAAGUUCCUCCCACCUCAACGGGAUCAGGAGAACCAGAGAAAGCUGCUUUCAGGCAGAAUUUGAGCUUGUUACGUCUGGAUGAAGCGUGGAGAUUGGCGUCUCGUAUUGAUCAACGUGAUUACUGGCUCGCUCUCGCUGGACGUGCGAUGCACACACUUGAUAUAACUGCGGCUCGACGUGCGUAUCGAUCUCUGGGAGACUCGGGGAUGGUCCUUGGUCUCGAUCGCUUGGCUGAUAUUGAGGAGAAGAACCUCUUGGCAGGCCACGUGUGUAUGCUCUUCGGUGACUACAACGAAGCUCGUCGUCUCUUCUUGAACUCGAGUGAUCCAUUAGCAGCUCUGCAUAUGCAACGUCACUUGUUGCAAUGGGAACAGGCCUUAAAGCUCGCUGAUUCUCUAGCACGCGAUCUCGUACCGGAACUGAGUGCUGUGUAUGCUACACAAUUGGAAUUCCGUGGGGAGUUCGACGCUGCGCUGAGAAUGUACGAACACGCCGUCAAUGCCAUUGAAAGUGUCAGCAGAGACGACAGCAUCCAAGGCCCAGAACCAGAAGUUGCCGAUAAGCUCAGGACGCAGAGUCUCGCGGGUGUGGCUCGAUGCACAUUUCGUCUGGGAGAUCUUCGUCGUGGCGUGAAACUCGUGACGGAAAUCGGUGACUCUGCUGUGUUCAAGGACUGUGCUGCGAUCCUGGAAUCCAUGAAGCAGAUCGCCGAGGCUGCAGCAUUGUACGAACAAGGCGGACAGAUCGAAAAGGCUGCUCAGCUGUUCGUACAGAUGAAGAACCUAGCGCGUGCUGCACCGUUGAUGACUCGCGUGAAGGCGUCAAAAGUGCACGCACAAUUUGCACGAGCGAAAGAAGCGGCAGGUGAAUUUGCUUCCGCAGCAGAAGCGUACGAACGAGCCGGAGAAAUGGACAAUGUCGUGCGUAUGCAGCUCGAGCAUCUCGACGGCGCCGAACGAGCUUUUGAGAUUGUUCGUGAGACCAAAUCGUCCGAAGGAGCCUUGUCGGCAGCUCGUUAUUGCGCGGAAGCAGGUCGAUACCCGAACGCAAUUGAGUUUUUAUUGCUAGCUAAUAAGGAAGACGAGGCCUUCGCGUUAGCUCAGCAACAUGGCCAAGUGGACUGCUUUGCUGCGACGUUGGGACAGGAGAAUAUGGCGGCUAAGAGAGCGUCGCAAGUGGCUGCACAUUACGAGGGAUUAUCACCUGAACGUGCAGCCGAAUUCUAUCAGGCUGCUGGGAACUACCACAAGGCGCUUAAAUUGCUCUUGGCGUGCAGCGCAGCAGGUGGGAGCUCUGGAGGUAGCGGAUCCGCGGCGGACUCUGCACUUGUACGUGCCAUUGAAGUGGUUGGAGCAGCACGCAACGAUAUGCUCACGCAUACGUUGAUCGACCAUCUUAUGGGGGAACAAGACGGCAUUCCUAAAGACCCUCACCACAUCUUCCGACUAUACUUGGCGCUGGGGAACUACACACAAGCAGCCAAGACUGCAGUGAUCAUUGCUCGACAGGAGCAAGAGCUUGGCAAUUACAAGCUAGCACGCGACGUCCUAGUCGAAACGUCACGCCAACUACGUGCUCGUCGCCUGCGAGUGGCUCGAGAGCUUCGAAACGCUCUGGCGUUGCUGCACAGCUACGUAUUGGUGAAAAAACUUGUCAAACGAUCACAGCACGGGCCGGCAGCUCGAAUGCUCGUCCGUGUGGCACAACAUUUGUCCAAGUUCCCUACGCACGCCGCUAAUAUUCUCAUCUCUGCGGUCAUCGAGUGUCAGCGUGCAGGUUUGCGUGCGUACAGUUAUGACUUUGCUGCAACUCUCAUGCGUACACCUGAAUACCGCGGAUCGAUGGACAAGGACAUCCGACGGAAGAUCGAGGCAAUUGUGCGUCGCCCGAAUAAGGAACAGCCACCCGAUACUCGAACACCAUGUCCGUACUGCUCGCACGAACUAGCUGAAGCUGAAUUGGAUUGUCCUACCUGCAAGAACUCCAUCCCCUAUUGCAUUUUUGUUGUAGGGCUUUCACAUGGUCAAAGAUGA